AUGUCCAAUUCAAAUAUUCAUUGCAACAAGAAGGACAUGAACACACUCCUAAGCUUCAAACAAGGGCUCACAGAUCCUUCUCACGUUCUCUCUUCAUGGGUCCCAAACUUAGAUUGUUGUCAAUGGAGUGGAGUCAAAUGUGAUAAUAUCACAGGUAGAGUUACAAAUCUUGAUCUCCCUUGUCACACAAGCCACCCUAAAGUUGUUGAAUUUGGUGAGAAGGACGACAAAUUACACUGCCUAUCAGGUUCAUUCAGCUUGUCUUUGUUAGAACUUGAAUAUCUGAGUUACUUGAAUUUGAGCAACAACAACUUCAAGUCCAUGCAAUAUAAUUCAAUAGGUAGUCAGAAAUGCGAUGACUUGCCAAUAGGUAACCUUUCUCAUCUGUGUGGAAACUCCUCCAACCUCCGAUAUCUAGAUUUAUCACAAAAUUAUGAUCUUCUUGUCGAUAAUCUCCAUUGGAUUUCCCAUCUUACCUCAUUGCAAUAUCUUAACCUUGGUGGUGUUUAUCUUCACAUGGACAUUGAUUGGCUUCAAUCAGUGACCAUGCUCCCUUCACUUUCAGAGUUACACUUGAAGAGGUGUAAACUUGAAAACAUCUACCCAUUUCUUCAACAUGCCAAUUUUACCUCACUUCAAGUUCUAAACCUUGCAGACAACGAUUUCAUAUCUGAGUUGCCUGGUUGGUUAUUCAACCUUAGUGACAUCUCUCAUAUUGAUCUUAGUCAAACUUGCUUACACAGCCAACUACCAGACGCAUUGCCAAACCUGAGAAGUAUUAAAUCCUUGAUUUUAUCUCAUAACUAUCUCAGAGGACCCAUUCCAAGUUGGCUUGGGAAACUUGAACAAUUACAAGAACUUGACCUUUCUUAUAAUUAUUUUUCUGGUCCAAUCCCUGUAAGUUUAGGAAAUCUAUCAUCCUUGAUUACAUUAAUACUCGAGUCAAAUGACUUGAAUGGAAAUCUUCCAGGGGAGCUCGGACAACUCUUCAACUUGGAAACUCUUCGGGUUUCAAAAAAUUCCUUGACUGGGAUUGUGUCUGAAAGAAAUUUAGGUUCUUUAAGAAAUUUAAAGAACUUUUCCAUAAGUUCUCCCUCCCUGAUCUUUGAUUUUGGUCCUAUCUGGGUCCCUCCUUUUCAACUUCUAAAUAUUGAAUUGGGCAAUUUGAAAGACAAACUUCCUUCAUGGCUAUUCACACAAAGCUCUCUAAAAUAUCUUACCAUCAGAGACUCAACUGCUUCAUUUGAACCGCUUGAUAUGUUUUGGAACUUUACUACUCAACUUGAGUCUAUCUCUUUGGAAAACAACACAAUCAACGGGGACAUGUCAAAUGUGUUUCUAAGUUCAAAAGUGGUUUGGUUAGUGGCCAAUAAUUUAAGAGGUGGCAUGCCGCAUAUAUCACCAGAAGUGGUUGUUUUACACUUACGUAAUAACUCAUUGUCAGGAUCCAUUUCUCCUCUCUUGUGUCACAAUAAUAAGAGGAAAAAAAGUAAUUUAGUGUACUUGGACAUGAGUUAUAAUAAUUUAUCCGGAGAACUCACAGACUGUUGGAAUGAUUGGAAAUCAUUGGUUCUUAUUAAUUUCAGAUUCAACAACCUAACAGGCAUGAUUCCUCACUCCAUGGGUUCUUUGUCUAACCUUCGUUUUCUGUAUCUGAAAAGUAACAAGUUCUUCGGAAAGGUGCCCUUUUCACUAAGAAACUGCAAGAAUCUUCGGAUACUUGAUCUAUGUCGCAAUAAUCUUUCCGGGCUAAUACCAAGUUGGUUAGGGCAAAAUGUUGAAGGUCUUGAAUUGAGAUCCAAUAAAUUCAGUGGCAAUAUCCCCACACAGCUAUGUAAACUUCAAUCUUUAAUGGUGAUAAAUUUGGCGAGUAAUAAAUUAUCAGGACUAAUACCCAGUUGUUUGCAUAACAUCACAUCCAUGCUUUCUAGUCAUUUUGUAACUCGUAAAUUCGACUUUACCCUUAAUUAUCCAGGUUUAUCGGUAUACAUUUCUUGUAAUGUUCCGAUGCUUAUAAAGGGAAACGAGUUACCAUAUGUUCAUUUGAUGAAAGCCAUUGAUCUCUCAAGCAAUAACUUGUCUGGAAAUGUGCCUCUACAGAUAUAUAUGCUCACUGGGUUACAGUCCUUGAAUUUGUCCCAUAAUCAAUUGAUGGGAACGAUACCAGAAGAGAUUGGCAACUUGGAACAAUUGGAGUCCAUUGAUCUUUCAUCAAAUAAUUUCUCGGGAGAAAUUCCUCAGUCCAUGUCUGCCUUGCAUUUUCUUGCUGUAUUGAAUCUGUCAUUCAAUAAUUUUGCGGGCAAAAUCCCAGCAGGGACCCAACUUGGUUCUACAAAUCUUAGUUAUAUCGACAAUCCUGACCUCUGUGGACCUCCACUUACAAAGAUAUGCCCCCAAGAUGAAAAACCCCCCAAUAUAAAACCUAUGGGAGGAGGUGAUGAUGACAAAUCUGAGGUGUGUUCGUGGUUCUACAUGGGACUAGGAGUUGGAUUUGCCGUUGGAUUUUGGGGAAUAUUGGGCACCGUUUUCUUCAACAGAAGAUGCAGACAUGCUUAUUUUAGAUUGUUGCACCGAAUUUGCAAAUUUGUUAUCCAAAAGUUAAACUCCAUUACUGAAAUAUAG